GACGCAUCAUGUCGGUUUUCUCUAGAGCUUCGUCCGUCGGAGCUGCCAGCUCCUUUGCUCCUCUUUCUAGAAUCAGUACGUUUCCGAGGACAACCCCAAGGCCGACGACCACAGCAACAAGCGUGGCUUCUCAAGACAUCAUCUGCGCAGUCAGUGAGUCUAGGGGUGUCUCUUCGACAGUUGGUCUUGCUUUUGUCAAUCUAUCGACUGCGGAGGCGGUUCUGUGUCAGAUCUGUGACAGCCAGACGUAUGUCAAAACCGUCACGAAGAUCGGAGUGUUCGAGCCGACGGAGAUCCUUUUCGCGAACUCUGCCAAAGAAUCUAAGCUGUUCUACAUCAUCCAGGAGAAUAUUCCGGACACUACUUUCACCUUCCUAGACCGCAAAUUCUGGUCUGAGAAGUCUGGUCAUGAAUAUGUGGACCGACUCGCGUUUGCUGAAGACGUUGAGCCCAUCAAGAUUAUCUUGGGAGGAAACUAUUUUGCUGCUUGUUGCUUUGCUGCGGUCCUAAAGUACGUUGGGUUAGAGCUUAACAGAACCUUCACCUGCCACUCGCUUCGCAUCAGAUUCGAGCCCUCACAAGGAUCCAUGUCCAUUGAUCUGUCAACCAUCGUCUCCCUAGAGUUGAUCCAGAAUAUCCACAAUGUGAAAUCUAAGGACAGUCUGUAUGGACUUCUCAAUGAGACCUUGACCCCUAUGGGAGCAAGACUUCUCAGAGCCAACAUCCUUCAGCCCUCGACCGAAGAGUCGAAACUGCAGGCCCGUUACGACGCUGUUGAGGACCUGUCUACAAAAGAAGACAUGUUUGUGUCGGUCAGACAAGCUCUCAAAGGUUUAAUUGAUGCAGACAAAGUUUUGACAUCUCUUAUUCUUGUUCCUAACAAACGAGCUUUUCAAUACGUCGAGCAGUCCGUCAAUAAUGUCAUCAUGAUCAAGACAUAUGUGUCUUCAAUCAACGAGCGUUAUCUAUGUGCCCCGGCAGGGCACCGGACUGUCCAGCAGAUGAUUGAAGAAACUCUCAACGAACAUGUCACAUAUCAGACGAGGCCACUCGAUCUUAGGAACCAGCGUAUUUACUGUGUUCGAACUGGAGUGAACAGUCUCCUUGACGUCGCGAGACAGACUUAUAAGGAAGCUAACACCGAUGCCGCUGAUCUGGUAGCAGAACUAGCCGAAACACAUAACGUUGCCCUAGACCUCAAGUUCGACAGAGCUCGCCAGUACUACAUUAGUCUCUCAGCUACAGAAAUCGAGUCCCUGCCCGAAGUUUUCAUCAACGUCUAUCGCAAAAAGAACCGUAUAGAGUGCCAAACGCUCGAUCUCGUCAAACUAAAUCAGAAGAUAACAGAUGCGCAUAACGAAGUCAUCAACAUGAGCGACGAAACCGUGCAGGAAUUGAUCCAAGACAUCUGCUCGGAGAUCUCGGGUCUCUUCAAAGUAAGCGAAGCUAUUGCCAUGCUCGACAUGCUGGCAGCAUUUGCCCAACUGGCUACAUCGCAUGAUUACAUCCGGCCUGAACUGACCGACACUCUGGCGAUCAAAUCUGGACGCCAUCCGAUCCGCGAGAAGAUACACACGAAGAAAUUUAUCCCCAAUGAUGCCUAUGCCACGCAACAAUCCAGAUUCCAGAUCAUAACCGGCUGCAACAUGAGCGGAAAAUCCACUUACAUUCGCUCCCUAGCGCUGAUGACGGUGAUGGCACAGAUCGGCUGUUUCAUCCCAGCAGAAUACGCAUCGUUCCCUAUCGUCCAUCAACUAUUUGCACGGGUCUCCACUUCCGAUGACCUCGAAGCCAGCGUAUCCACCUUCGCCGCCGAAAUGCGCGAAAUGGCAUUCAUCCUCCGAAACAUCGAACCACGCAGCAUGGUCAUCGUCGACGAACUAGGCCGAGGCACUAGCACUACUGACGGCCUCGCCAUCGCCAUUGCCAUCUCAGAAGCUCUUGUAGAAAGCCACGCCUUGGUCUGGUUCGUAACCCACUUCCGGGAUCUCGCCCUGAUCAUGGGCGAGCGCAACGGCGUCGUGAGUCUGCAUCUCGCUGCGGAAAUAUCCCCCGACGCUUCAAAGAUGACCAUGCUCUACAAGAUAGCGGAAGGUCCCGAUACAAACCAGUUCUACGGCCUCGCCCUAGCCAAGCUAGUCGAUUUCCCUCCAGGAGUCCUUGAAACGGCCCAACAAGUGUCGCAGAAACUCACCCAACUCGCGAAACGCCGCCACAGCAAAUCCAAAGCACUGGCCGUGACACGCAGACGGAACCUGAUUCUUUCCCUCAAAGAACAACUCCUCCUCGCCCGCAACGGAACCAUGGAAGGCGAGGCCCUCCGAAAAUGGCUAAAACGACUCCAAGACGACUUCGCCUUGAACAUGGCAGCUAUCGACGAGGACGUGGCUUGCAUCAGCGAUGGAGACAUAUCCGUUGCGGAAACAACGGAAGAGAAUAACAGCUCUAUUGGGACCCUUCACGAUGGUCUCGCUGAGAUUCAUGAGAGUUCCGAGCUGGGCGGAUCUUCGACUCGGUCUACAGAAGCCCAGAGUGAUACUGAUCUAGGUUAUCCGCUCGAUAAUUCCACACACAGAUCACGACCACUUGGUCCCUCCUCUGAAGUAUCCGAGGGGACCAAGAUAGGUGAGCGUUUCCAGACACGUUCAGCCAGUGAGUAUUCCACCGACGAGGAGUGCGAUACCGUUUCCUCUAUGGACUGA